AUUGAAGAUAACCCGACUUUAUUUUGUACAAUGCAUAGUUACUGACAACGAUUGAUAAGAGAUAUAAAUGAAAUCGAUGCAAUAAAAUUCGAUAAGAUAGCAAGAUAUUUAGGCAGCUUACGCUAAAUAGACAAGUAGUUGAAAACUUCUCCCUUUUUUCUUCUAAGCCUAAUCGCAUACCGUAUAUACUUGUCUUUAUCAAUUUUUAUCUUAAAAUUUCUUAAUCUUAUCUACCAAGGUGAGUCGACGAAAAGUACAGUUGAAACAGAAAAAUCGACAAUGCAGCCCACAGGAAUGAAGUCGCACAAGUGGGAGGACGAGGUGGAAAGGCUAUUUCGAGCCUAUCCGACGGCUGACACACAGUUUAGGAGUCAACAGUUUCUAUCUACUCCAGCGACCGCAGCAGCGUACGUAACUGGGCCAUGGAAUGACGGCUUGCAGUAUGGUUACCCUUCACCGUCUGCCCACGCACCUCCACCUCCUCAUCACCCACAGCCACCACCACCACCACAACCAACAGCAUUCGAGAAUGGAUGGAGCGGCCUUGGAACUGCAGCAGCCGCUGCAGCAGCGAUGCAUAAUCACCAAAGCGUACAACCGCACCAGCAGCCUACUGCAUUCAGACACGACGACUUCUGCUCCCCUUCCGAUGGCCGGGAAUGUGUUAAUUGCGGAGCCGUUUCGACGCCUCUUUGGAGACGGGAUGGAACUGGUCAUUAUUUGUGCAAUGCUUGCGGUUUAUAUAGUAAGAUGAACGGACUUAAUAGACCUUUAGUAAGACCCCAAAGACGCCUUUGCGCUCAACCCAAUUCGCGACGAAUAGGCCUGCAGUGCAGUAAUUGUCAGACAUUAACGACGACGCUGUGGAGACGAAAUAAUGAUGGGGAGCCGGUAUGUAACGCCUGCGGUCUUUAUUUUAAAUUACAUGGAGUUUCAAGGCCCUUAUCAAUGAAGAAGGACUCAAUACAAACAAGAAAACGUAAACCAAAGACAAAUAAGAAAGUAACAACUUCAGAAACGAUGCAACAGCCUAUUGAUAUGAAAAAAGAAGGAAAUGGUUAAUUUAUUUUUUAACACUGUUAUUUUAUUUUUUUCUCUUUUGUUUGUUUUUUAUAAAAAAAAAGUAAAUUUUUUCUUCUCUCGAAAAAAAGCCCACCUGGCAAUAUUUCCCUUUAACAAAAAAAACGCAGAUACUCAUAAAAACUGUACAUAAGCAAUAUAUAUCUAUAUAUACAUAUAUGUAUACAGUUAUAUGUAUAUAAGGGACUUAUUGUUUAUAAUACAUACAACAGUAUUGUACAAACGAGUUUAUACAGUUUGCAAAAAGCGUGAAAGAAUCGAGUCAGGUGCUCGUGCCAAUAUGUCAGAUUCGGCGGAAAGAAGUAAUUCGUCUUCAUUAUACGCUUCUCCCCCUUUUCCAUUUUCGGCCUACUUUCUUUUCCCCUCUAGCCAAUCGCCUUUUCCGAUCCCGUUUCCUCGCAUCGUUUCAGAGUAGGCUGUCAAGAAUCAUUGCUUUAACCUAGUUUUAUAAUCUUCUUCUAUGACUAUAAACAAAAUACUUUGCAUACAAAUUAUAUUAAAGUUUGUUUACCGUAGUUGUUGUUUUUAUAUAAUCCAUAGUCAAUUUUCAUAUCCCUAUUCGACUCUAAUAGUCUAACAAGGCGUCCAAUGUCGACGUUCUCUAUAGGAACUCCCUAUAAUAAAUAAACAUAUAAACACAAAUGUGCGCAAAAAUUUCUAAAGCAAUAGAUUAAAGAGAGAGAAAGACAGAGGGAGAGAGAGAGAGAGAGAGAGGGAAAGAGGGAGCAUGUGCAACAGUUAAAAUACAAAUAGUGCCAUCUGCCGACUUACAAGUAUAUUUAAUUUUUUUAAA